AUGUCAGUUGAUUAUAGCCCUUGUAAUUUUCAAGAUUCAUUAGCAACGAUAGAUGCAGCAUCCAGAGGUGAAAAUAUUCGAGUGCAUCAUCAAGGUGACACAACGAUUGUAACAGAACAUCGAGAUCCUUAUUCGUUUUAUUGGCAGCUUGAUCAAGUUCGACAACAUAAUGAAGAUCCACCAAGACAUGCCCUUCCAACUGAUUAUGUGAUUGAUGAAGAAAAUAUUGCUGAAACUGUUUUGUCGCCUGACAGUCACGACAGCGGUAUUCAUAUUGAAAGUCAAUAUAGUCGGCCGAUUAAAGUUGACGAAUCCCAAUCUCUGCUCAUGAAUCCUCCUCUUCCUCCAGGAUGGGAAAAGCAUGAAGAUCCGUCAGGCUAUUCAUACUAUUGGCAUAUUGACACUGGGACAAUACAGAGGGAGCCGCCGGUAAGAAAUCGUGAAAUACAAGUAGAUGUUCCCUCAGCCGCUACUGCAACUCAACAACAACUUCCACGACAAUCGUAUCAGCCUAUAAUUGAAGAACAUGCAUAUAAGCAAACUACUACUAAACGACAGAUUGAUAAUGAAUUUCAGAAUGAUGGUGAUUAUGAAUCUGGAAAGCCUGUUAGAUUUGCUAUUCGUUCAUUGGGUUGGACUGAAAUAGCAGAGGAAGAUUUAACAACUGAAAAGAGUUCAAGAGCCGUCAAUAAAGCGAUAGUGGAUUUGAGUACUGGUCGUAAUGAUAUUAUGGAUAAUGUUUCGAAAUGGGGUGAUGGUCGUGAACUAAUUAUGGAAAUCGAUGAUAAUGAUUUAACGCUAAUUGAUCCCGAUACAAUGGCUGUUAUUCAUUCAGAGCGUAUACAUCAGAUUCGUGUGUGGGGAGUUGGUCGAGAUAAUGGCCGAGAUUUUGCGUAUGUUGCUCGCGAUCGAAAUUCUCGUCGUUUUAUGUGCCAUGUGUUUCGAUGUGAUACGCCUGCACGGACUAUUGCUAAUACUUUACGUGAUAUUUGCAAAAAAUUGAUGCUUCAGCGAAGGCCAAAUACUAUAAAUUCUUUGGAACACAAAGAAAGAAGGAUAAUUGCGAGAGAUAAUUCUCUUCCAACUCCUAUUGAAGAACCGAAAAAAACGAUUCGAUGCCAUUUUCUAGGAGUAACACAAGUUCCUCGAGCAACAGGCAUUGAGAUUUUGAAUGAGGCUGUUGACCGACUUCUUUCUCAGGUUCGUCCGGAUAGAUGGAUUCUUGCUGAUGUUUCGAUAGCACCUUCGACUAUAACUAUAACUGAAGUAAAUGGUAAUCAAAUUGCUCAGUGCAGAGUUCGAUAUUUAUCAUUUUUGGGGAUCGGGCGUGACGUCAAACAUUGUGCGUUUAUAAUGCAUACAUCUUCCGAAAAUUUUAUGUGUUAUGUUUUCCAUGUUGAGCCGUCUGCUGGUCCUAUGGCUAAAACGAUUGAAGCUGCAUGUAAAUUACGCUAUCAAAAAGUAUUGGACGCUCAUUCCAAUGGUCAUCUUCCUGUUAAUGGAAAGAGAUGGGGUGAUACUUUCUGGAAUGCUUUAGGAACAGUCAAAGAUCGUUUUACAAGCCGAACAUAA